GGCUUGAGGUUUGAACGCGGUGGCGGCAAAAUCUAUGCUUUGGUUCUAGUGCGAGAGAGAUCGUACAGUACCGGGACACGGAUCGCUGGUAUAAUAGGCAUAGAAUACUGUUGUGGAUUAAUUGGCAAUGGAGACCCUGACACCCAGAAAAAGAAAGCACAGCUCUGCUAACUCAGAAGGGCGACAUUCUUCCUAUGGAACCCCAGUUAAAAGAUUAAUGGUUGAUCACAGCAGUGUUACAUCUCCAUUAAAAACUAGAAAUGCCAGUCAAAUUAACAGAAUGAUUCGGUCUCCUUUACAAAGUUACACAGACAUGGAGGAUAUGACAGAGAAAGAGAAUGUCGGGGAAUCUCCUGUGAGAUGUAAUGCUGUAAGAAAGCUGGUCACAUCACCUGUUCAAACAGCCUCUGUGCCUAGAAAUGCCAGUGGGGCCUCACCACAGUGUUACUCCCCGAAGGCUGGCUCGCCAUUUAAGCCUUCGGUGUCUCCUGUAUCUUUUUAUAAGAAAGAUAAGCUGUAUGUUACUCCUCUGGAGAGGAAACUGAUCAAUGAAAGUAAAUCUGUGCUAGCCAACAGUUUUGAUAAAGCAUUGUUUUCCCCAAACAAAACCAGCCCAGAAGUUAAAGGGGCUGCAAAAACUGCUCGGGCAAAAAAGAACCCCAAGAAUAGAAAGUCGAACACCAAAGAAAAGAAAACCUCUCCCAAGAUUGUCAAGAAGGGGUUAAAUGUCCCCUCAAGCAAAUCCUCUUUGGCGUAUGAGCAAACCACCAACUUUUUCACCACAAAGACUGGAGUUCUAGGACUCAAGAUUAAACCCAGACCAAAACUCACAAUGGGGGCUGCUUUCUUUGCCACAAACAAAAAACCACACGGUGCUCCAAAGAAGCCAUCCCCAAAUCUAAAGUUUCUUCCAUCAUCCAAACCUGUUGUCAAAACAGAUAAACUGAGCAAUGUCCAUAAUGUUGAUGUCGGUACUAACCGUUCAGUAAAUGGAAAGAGCACUAAAGUUUCAGUUACUCGUCCAAAAAGCAAGGGAGAUACCGGGCAAACUGAAGAAAAAAAAAUAAUGGUUAAGAACACAAACAAACAAGAGACAAGUGUAAAAACACAGAUUAGUCACAGUAAUCUUAAACUUCCUGAGCUAAUUGACAUUCGUUAUCCAAAGAGAGUGGACACAGGAAUGACUCAAUCAGUGACUGAAUCACCAUCUCUGUUUGAUAUGGAUGAAACUUUGGUGAAAUCCUCAGACCGGACAGACGCCAGUAUCUAUUCCAUUUUUAGCACCCCAGCGGCACCCAAAAAAAGGCCUUUAGAUCUGCACUGCGAGUUAUCCUCUCCUGUGUGUGCCAGUACGCCGAUGGCACUAAAUAAAUUCCCCAAGCAAAGCAGGAAGAAAAAGGAAGCAAACAAGAUGCCGGAGGACCAGAUGAUUAUUGAUGCUGGUCAGAAACACUUCGGUCCCGUGGUCUGUAGCACUUGUGGGAUGAUAUACGCAGCAGCCAGCCUAGAAGAUGAAGCUCAGCACGGCCAAUAUCAUCAGAGGCUACUGGAGAGCAUUCGAUUUGUGGGCUGGAAGAAGGAGCGUGUUGUUGCUGAAUUCUGGGAUGGUAAAAUCAUAAUGAUUUUACCAGAUGAUCCUAAAUAUGCAAUAAAAAAGGCAGAAGAGGUGCGAGAACUUGUAGACACAGAACUUGGAUUUAAACAGCCCACUCUGAGUUGCCCAAGCAAGACCAGAACCUAUAUGUUUGUGUCAAAUGAGAAGAAGAUAGUUGGGUGUCUAAUUGCAGAGCCAAUCAGACAGGCGUUUAGAGUUCUGUGUGAGCUGCUCUCCCCAGAAGUGAGUAAUCAUGAGCUUUCAGAGAGGACAAGAGCCUGGAGAUGCUCGUCUGAGCCAGAGGCAGCGAUUUGUGGGAUAAGCAGAAUCUGGGUCUUUGCUCUGAUGCGCAGGAAAGCGAUCGCCAGCCGCUUAGUGGAUGCUUUAAGGAGCUCCUUUAUAUAUGGCUCACACCUUAGUACAGAUGAAAUUGCCUUCUCGGACCCAACUCCAGAUGGAAAGCUAUUUGCAAGCACCUACUGCAAAGUUCAAGACUUCCUUGUGUACAAUUUUAUCAGUUAGAUUGUUAUUAAUGUGUUUGUCACAUUUGUUUUAUACCAUUAUGUUAAUUAUUGCACUUUUUUUUGCUUUUACUGGUUCUGCUGUAGAAGCUACCUAAUGGUAUAUGGCAGUGAAAUCUGAGAUGAGUAAAUUUCAAUUAAAUGUAUUUUUACAAUACUUUUUGUAUAAUCUAAAAUGCUUCUAGUAAGUUUCAGUUUUUAGUGAUCUUCUACACUACGUAUAGAACAUAUAUACAUAGGCCCUGUGCACUCACAUUUAAAGAGCAACCAGAGGAGACUCGCUACAAGUUGUAGCUGAUGCAAUACUACCAGUUUUCUAAACACAGGCACUGGAUAUCCAUGUGAAUGCUGAGAGCAUCUGACUAUACACCUUGUAGAGUAAGAGCCAUCAUUGGUACAGUUCUAGCUUUUAUUAGAAGCAUUGCUGCGUCUAUUUAAAACUGAAAUUCACUCAUUCAUAUCAGUUUUCACUUUAAUAUUGCCUUGAUCUGCAUUGCAUCAUGCUGUGCAGAAAAGGUCACGUUAAUAUGUUUAAGUUAAAUGCAAUAAAUGUCCAGUUUUGUUUUUUAAUGUGUGUCUGGGGGAUUUUAGCAAAAAAUCAAAGGCAUAGUCUACUUAUAAAUAGUUAUUGUUUAAAAAGAUCGAUAAUCCCUUAAUUACCCAUUCCCUAGUUUUUUCAUAACCUGACACUGUUAUAUUAGUAUACUUUUUGCCUCUGAUUACCUUGUAUCUAAGCCUUUGCAGACUGCCCCUUUAUCUCAGAUUAUUUUUCUUCCAAACUUGCAUUUAGACAAUUACUGUUGGGUCCUUCAUAACUCCACUGGAGUGAGCACAAUGUUUUAUAUACUGACAUAAGAGGCGACCUGCAGCGGCUUAGAAACGGGAGCGAUUUAUAGGUUUUAAAGUAUAUUAAUAUAACAAUGUUGGUUGUGCAAAGCUGGGGAAUCGGUUGUAAUGGUGGUUAUAUUUUUAAACAAUAAAAAAAAUCAAGGAUACUGUGCCUUUUUAAAUAAUUUUAAUUGAGCAUGUAGACCUGCAAUUCAUAUGGAGCCUAAUUGCUGUAAGAUCUCCCUUAAAUGGAUAGUAUACACCAAAAGAAGUGUACCAGUAAAAUCAAGCAUUACAUGAUGAAUAACGUUAUAUUCAUGACAUAUUUUGUGCACUUGGUUAGUACGGCACUAAUGUAGCAGCUUCUGUACACACAUACUGAGCUGAAAAUUUAACUUUUCACUCUGCUCCAAGAAAUAUUAGCCAGGAUCCUAUUUCAUAGAGAAGGGUGUGAAAAGUUAUGUUAAGCUCCUUGUGUGUGAAGCUUGCUACAUCAGUGCCAUGAUAACUAGGUGCACAAGGAAAUCCGUAAACAGCUCAGCAGUAUAACCGGACAGAGGCAGGCAGAGCUGUCUGAUUUUAGCUGCUGACGAUGCCUCUGCUGCUUUUAUGAUUUUAGGAAAUAAGACUUCUGUAUGACAGCCUAGCUGUUCAGAUUACAUAUCUCACAGCCAGCCAUGUCAGCCAGUGAAUCCCUUGGUGUAGGCAGCUAGUUAGGGAGUGUUGGAACACCUAGCUCUACUAGAAGUAAAUACUGCCUACGUAUCCAUAUAACACUAAAUGCACAGUUUUUCUUAGUGUUUACAUAUUUUGCAGCUAAAUCUGUUAUGUGUAUUACAAAGUUUAUUAUCCUGUAAUGCUUGGUUUUACUAGUAUACUUUUUGUUUUGGUGUAUAUUGUCCCUUAAAGUGUAUCUUGAAGGGACUUAGUACUCAUCUAUAUUAAAGAGCAUCAUCUAAACAAGUAAACAUCAGUAUCUGUUGUGAGCUUCCCACUAAUGCCAAUUGAUUUAUAGAUACUAAUGUUUGACCUACCAGCAAAUAAACAUUAUUUAGCUGGAUGUACAAAAAAAA